AUGUCUGUCUUCACUUAUGAUCCAGAUCCUCCCAGGGUCUCAUCUCCUUGGACGCAGCUUAGUGACCUGGGCAAGGACGGAUCUGAGCAUCUGGGCCCAGAAACCUCUCAAUCAGCCCAGCGGCUUGAUUCCGGAUUGCUAUCUGACUAUGGAGUCACAAAGCUUCAAGCCGAGCCGCAAGACGGACCCACGGAGUAUAAGCUCCACCUGCUUCUUCGACCACGGAGAGUUUUCAAAAGCAUGAGUACGACCAACAAGUCGCGCCAUGGGCGACUCAAGCUCUCAGUCCCUUCCCCAGCUGCUUCUAGUCAGCCUCGACAACAAAGGCUUGAGCAUUUGACAACCCAGCUCUUGUGGCGACUACAACAGUCUUCUCCUUAUCACUCAUCCAGCUCCAAGAAACUGGUACUCCCCAAGCUUCCGGACGAUAACGUCGAUCUCACUGCUCCCGUAAAGCUCAGGAAGCUGGUUCCCGGCUUGGAAGAGUCCAGAGGUGCAUUGUACGAAAUAGGUGUCGCCGACGAUGGCACGCUUGUUGGACUUACAAAGGAUGAGUUGGAAGAGAGUAUCACAACUUUGAGAGUAAUGGCUGCCAGUCUAGGUUGCACUGUCGAUGUUCGUCGGAGAGUUGUUGUCGGCCACUGUGAAUGGGCUGAGGCUACAGAAUUCACCAGUAGUACUGAGGUCUCCCCUGACGAGACCAUCAGGAGUGCCAAGCUCUGGGUUGCCGAAGCAUUUGUCAUGCCCUACUUGGGUUUGAUAGAUGGGAUGAACGGAGAACAUGAUAUAGACACCAACAAACAGUCUGCAGCAGAGAAGGUUUCUGUGCCCAGCCGUGGCAGCUCGACAACGCCGCAGUUGAGAGUUACCUUCACUGGACCUACAACAUCCGGCAAAACGAGUCUUCUGGGAACACUAUCAACAGGCGUCCUGGAUAAUGGUCGUGGUAACAGUCGACUUAAUUUGCUUAAACAUCGUCACGAGAUGGUUACGGGAAUUACCAGCUCGAUAGCACAAGAGCUCAUUGGGUACAAAGAUCAGUCAAUCCUCAACUGCAGCCGUGGAAACAUCGAGUCCUGGAUCGAUAUCCACAACUGUUCUGAGGGUGGCCGUUUAGUGUUUGUGUCGGAUUCCGCAGGUCACCCAAGAUAUCGGCGCACAGUCCUUCGUGGUCUGAUGAACUGGGCUCCUCAUUGGAUUAUUCUGUGUUUGGCGGCUGAUGAUACUGAAAUAGCUACCAAAACCAACGGAGUGUCCAAUGGUUUGGGAGUCUCUGCGGGUGGAGUUGAUCUUGUUAAGGCACAUCUGACUCUAUCUCUCAAACUGGGCAUUCCUUUAGCAGUCGUCGUUACUAAGAUGGACCUUGCUUCCAAGACAAGUGCGCACAAAAUCACUAACAAGGUUUUGUCAGCUGUAAAAGACGCUGGGCGUGUGCCCAAAGUCCUCCGGCCUGAUCAGAAAGCAUGGGGUGACCUCAGUAGAGUGCCUGAUGACGACUCUGCCAAAGUGAGAGACUUGUUGAAGGGAAUCUCAGAGAGUGGAAAUUUGACGGAAGUUGUUCCAAUAGCGUUCACGAGCGCAGUCAAGGGAAGCGGAAUCGGACUGUUGCACGCGCUCCUGGAAAACCUACCGCUGCCACCCACACCAACUGCCCGUGAUUAUGUCGGUAUGGCAUUGAACCCAGAGCAGCCAAAGUGCCUCUUCCACAUCGACGACACCUUUUCUUUACCGGCAUCGUAUGGCAGUCUGAACAGUGCUUCCGGAAAGCAGGCCGACCCAGGUAUUGUUGUAUCGGGCCAUCUCAGGUUUGGGCAAUUUUCCAUCGGGGAUAACAUCGUUAUUGGACCUUUCCCACCCGACGACGAUGAGCCUCGGGAGUCAACUCCAGAGGGCAGACAAUCGCCGAGUAGUUAUGGACUGUCCAUAUCACACCCUUCAUCGGCAGAGUUGGCUCGUAUUGCCAUGAAGAAUGCUAUAUCUGCGUCGACAAUUUCAGGAGAGUGGCAUGACGCUCAGAUCGUUAGCAUACGAAAUUUGAGGCUCCCGGUCUCAACUCUUGAAGCUGGGCAGGCCGGAUCCAUUGGUCUCAGCGUUAGACCACUCUCGAAUCGCCCCCAGAACGGCAACACAGACCACGCCGGUAUCACUGAGAUCCCUCGCAUUCGCCGUGGUAUGAUCUUGGCAAUCCCGUCGAAACACAUGGCAGACAGUGGGUUAAAGUUGCAAGCUGCAAGUGGAUUCACGGCAGUUUUCGAGGAUCCAGACAUUCAGACACUGGCCGUCGGCUCUUUUGUGAACAUAUAUAUUGCUAGCAUCCGAACGGUAGCGCGCAUUCGUCGCAUAUCUCGGCAGGACAGCGAAUGGGGAGUCAGCAACGAGGGCACAGAGACAGAAGAGAUCUUUGAUCUUAACGACGAAUCUUAUACGAACAAUGUUAGAGACGAGAGCGACCGGCCCAGAGGCGGCAUUGAGAUGGGACUAGAGCUUUUGCAUCAUCGAGAGUGGAUCGAGUUGGGUUCACGGGUCAUAUUGUUAGAAGGCGGGAGUCAGGAUAAAUCUGGGCUAGAGGGCUUCGUUGGUAACGUCGUUGAGAUCGUGGAUUAG